UGCAGUACCGUAUUCUGUGUGCGCACUAACAAGAUGAAGUUUCUCGUGGCUCUCUGUGCUCUCGUCUACGUGGCGGUGGCCGCUCCUUUCAAUGACAAGAUAGAGAAGCGUCUUGGAGUCCCCAUACAAGCAGAGAUUGACUGCCUUGACCUAGCAUUGAACUUCUCAUCGGAUGCGACCGACUGUCAGGUUUUCUAUCUGUGUGGCAACGGAUGGCCCUACAUCCGCCGUUGUCCGGGUGAUACCGUCUGGAGCCCUGCUGAUGAGAGGUGCAUGGGAAAAUACGUCGCCAUUAAUGACGUAUGCAGAUACGAAGCUCCAGAUCUUCCUGUCGAGGUGACUCUCACUCCCGAGGAACUUGAUUCCGCUGCCUGCUACGACCCGAGGUUCAGGUGUGACGGCACGGUCAACUGCAAUGACGGGAACGACGAAGCCGGCUGUGCGCCAGCUUGCGACCCCGCCGCUUGCAGGCUACCCGACUGCAAAUGCAGCAAUGCCGAGAUCCCAGGCGGAUUCCUUGCUAACGAGAUCCCACAGAUGGUGCUGAUUGGCUGGGACGAGGCUCUGAGAGUAGAGGACUACAACCAUCUCCUCCAGCAGAUCUUGAAGAAGGUUACUCCAGCGAGAAGGAGAGAGCCCAGAGCCAACCCGAAUGGAUGCCCAGCGGUUGCUACUUUCUUCACAAGCCAUCAGUUCACUGACUACGCUGCUGUACAGAGUCUAUAUUCUGAGGGCAACGAGUUUGCUGCUCAUUCUAUCACCAAAAAGCUGCCAGCUGAACAAUGGGCUUUGGACAGUGACGCUGAAUUGUCAGCUGAGUACUCUGGCCAGAGAGUGAUGUUCAACAACCUCGCUGGCGUGCCACCAACGGCAGUGAAGGGCGUGCGCUCCGCGUACCUCCAGACAAAGGGCGCUGACUACGUAAAGCUAAUGCAGGAAGAAGGAUUUGCCUAUGAUUCAUCCUACCCCACGGACAAGAUGGACCCUCCUUACUGGCCGUACACCUUUGACUACCAGUCCAGCGCUGGCUGUCCCAUACCACCGUGCGUGACCGAGUCCGUUCCUGGUAUGUGGGAAAUGCCCUUGGUAGACUGGAUCGACACCAACGACACCCUGUGCGCAAACGUCGACAGCUGUUACUUCCCCAACGACAAGGCAGAAGCCGCCCAGCUGCUGAUGAGCAACUUCCGUCGCCACUACGAUAGCAACAGAGCGCCCUUCACUCUCAACCUGCGGGCGAGGUGGUUUCUGAAUGAUGGCUAUCACAACUUGGAGGCCCUGCAAGAGUUCCUGGACGAAAUUCAGGAGAACAACGAUGUCUACCUAGUCACCUACAGUCAGGCGCUUGCAUGGAUCCAGAACCCGGUCAAACUCUCCAACAUCGGUAGAUCCGAUGUGUUCGCCUGUAACUACGCCGACCGCACCCCACUCUGCGAGCACCCCAACCUUUGUGGGUACCAUAACAUCACCCACGAACCCAACGACGAGGAGAAUCAAGGCGACAGGUUCUUCCAGACCUGUGCCGACUGUCCGGCUGCUUAUCCGUGGGUGGACAACCCAGCAGGCACAGCUUAGAUCAUCGCCCACCAUACAGCUGAUGACAUGGAGCGUCCCCACAUAAGAUUUAAGGAUAUAUUCUUAUACAUAUAUUGUGAAACUUGCAUAUCUUCUGGAGCGUAUUUAAAAUAGGAAAUUAAUAUAUUAAUCUGCCUAAUGUCUGGUUACUAUUUAAUACUUCUUCAAUACUCGCGAUUGAGUCUCGACUGCUGUCCGCAUAGGCGCAAUUGGAAUGUUUAUUUGCAACGCAUGCAUUUACUUGUAUAUAUCAGCAAAGUUCAGAUUAUCUGUACAGUAGUGUCUAAAUUAGAAAAGCUUUGCCUGCAGUAUAUAGCACGAGAACAUGAGCAAAUUAUAACCAGUUUUGCUAACCCAUUACUUAUAUAAAGUCUAUGAUGCCGAUGCUUUAGCAAGUUUGAAAAUAGACUGCAGUAACGUAGUAAACGUCCAACAAGUUGCUGCCCAUAUGCUGACAAGUUCUAUUAUAUGUGUUGAUACUUUUGCUGUAAAUAAUAUGUAUUCAUUUACUAUCUGCAUGCAAAUGAAGACGUCAAAAUAAAAGUCUUCCCC